AUGGAUACUCAAGAAGAAUUAACCAUCAUGGAAAAUGAUCCAACUCUAACACUUAAAUCGCAAUCUCCUUUGCUUCCGCAAAAUAUAAAAGCUUUAAUUGCAGGUGGUGUAGGAGGUACCUGUGCGGUGCUUACAGGCCAUCCUUUUGAUUUAAUUAAAGUCCGGUGUCAAAAUAAACAAGCAGAAUCCACCACGGCAGCCAUCAAACAAAUCUUGGUUAAUGCAAGAAACUCUGCAUUGAAAAAUGGGUCCAACACCAUCUUGCAAUCAGUUCGUGGGUUUUAUAAAGGUGUCGUGCCCCCAUUAUUAGGUGUCACACCAAUAUUUGCUGUUUCCUUUUGGGGAUAUGAUAUGGGUAAGACAAUUGUAAAAUCUUUGGGGGAAUCCACAGACACGUUAACGACAAAUCAAUUGGCCACUGCAGGUUUCAUUAGUGCCAUUCCGACUACUUUAGUUACAGCUCCUACAGAACGUGUUAAAGUUAUGCUACAAAUAUCUAGUAAUAAAUCGAAUAAUUCAUUAUUUGGCAUGAUUAAACAAAUUGUUAAAACUGAGGGUCCAAUGUCAUUAUUCAAAGGUUCUUUGGCUACAUUAACUAGAGAUGGACCAGGGAGUGCCAUUUAUUUCGUUUCCUAUGAAUUGAUUAAAAAUAAAUUAAAUGAGACUUCUUCUUCUAAUUCUCAAGAAUUAAAUAUAACAAACGUUUGUUUAGCUGGUGGUAGUGCUGGGAUGAUGAUGUGGUUAACAGUUUUCCCCAUUGACACAAUAAAGACCAAGAUCCAAGCUUCAAGUGAAGGUGUAAAUGGUAAGAAAUUAACCAUGUUAAGCGCUACAAAGGAUAUUUAUAAAUUAAGGGGUGGUAUUAAGGGAUUCUUCCCCGGUCUUGCACCAGCAUUAUUAAGAUCGUUCCCUGCUAAUGCAGCUACGUUCUUGGGCGUGGAAUUAACUCAUGCGAUUUUUAAAAAAUACAACAUAUAA